CCUUGGAGUUCACCGUGAAGGUUAGACGGGCUCUUGCUCUUGGACUUAAAGCAUCAGUUUCAGAUUUUCUACUUGUUGGAUAUUUUCAUCCUCUUUCAGAAAUGAUUACAAACAAGGAGUUUGGAUGGCGAAAGCUUUUUCUGAUACUCACAGUACUUCCCUGCUGCAGGAGUUUGCAGGUUUCUAUUCCAGAGAGAGAAUAUGAGGCAGCGAGUGGAGGAGAAGUCACCAUGACCUGCUCAUACACCCCCGCCCGACCUGUCACCAACACACUCAUCAUCACAUGGGAAGCCUACCCUGAAAACGACGGAGAACCAAUGCAAUCGGUGGCCACCUACUAUUUGAACAAUCCGGUUGACAUCGCACCGAAGUAUGAAGGCCGAGCCUCUCUGGAGGUCAACCAAAAAGUGAGCACACUGCGGUUAUCCAAGCUGACCGUGCAGGACAGCCGCAGUUACCAGUGCAGUGUCAUGAUCCCCAAAGAUGACGAGGGAGUAACCGCUGUCACCACUUCCCUUUUGGUCCUGGUCCCUCCGUCUCCACCGAUCUGUAAGAUUCAGGGAGAAGCAUCGUACUUUAACAACAUCAGCCUCACCUGCAUGUCUGAGGACGGAUCACCAAAACCUGCAUACGAUUGGAAAAGCUUCAGUGUCAAAAGCACUCCCAGACCAUUUCCAGCUAAGACGACAGAAAAGGUUGGAGUUCUGUCUCUCUUCAAUAUUUCAAUAGACACGUCUGGUUUCUUCAUUUGCACAUCAACAAAUCGAGUUGGUUCUUCCUCCUGCAACUUGACUUUGGCUGUGACGCCUGGCAGCAUGAACAUUGGGUCCACUGCAGGUAUAAUUGUAGGAGUCCUCGCAGGCGUUGUGUUGCUCGGAAUUGUCGCCUAUUGUUGCUGCAAGAAAAAGGGCAAAAAUGAAGAGUACGCUGAAGGUUCCCCUGGAGAAGCGGCAUAUUAUGACAAAGACGCUGCCGAAGCUGGAGAGCAGUACUGGGAUGACAAGUCAAAGGGUGACAUAAAGCAGGUCAAGCAACACGAAGACAAAAACCUUCCUGAGAGAUCCUCCUCAAACAAGUUAGAGGAGGAUCAACAGAGUUAUUAUAGCAGUCAAGAAAAGCAUGCGGGCAAGGGAAGUGAUGUCGACUCUCAGCGUUACCAGGAGUACCCGCAGGAUCGCCAUCUUGGAAGUCGAGACCGCCUUGAUGAUGAGCGUAAUCGUUACGAUGGCCGUCCUGAUCGUCUUGAAGAUGAACGUAGUAGUCAUUACAGUGGGAGCGUUGAUCGGCAAGACGACAGGCGUGAUCGUUCUGGUGAUCAACGUGAUCGUUCUGGUGGAAGUCGGGAUCGCCUUGAUGAACAUCGCGAUCGUUACAGAGGCAGUCAGGACCGACUUGAGGAAAAUCGCGAUCGUUCCGUCGGUAGUAGGGAUCGCCUUGAUGAAAAUCGCGAUCGUUCCGUCGGUAGUAGGGAUCGCCUUGAUGAAAAUCGCGAUCGUCACGGAGGCAGUCGUGAUCGCCUUGAUGAAAAUCGCGAUCGUCACGGAGGCAGUCGUGAUCGUCUUGAUGACCGAUACGAUCGUCAUGGUGGAAGUCGCGAUCGCCUUGAUUACACCGAUGAUCAAAACAGAAACCGGCAUUAAUAACAAUGUGUUACUGAAUAUUCUUUUAAUGCACUAAAAAAAAAUGUUUGGUUGAUGCACUCUUUUAUUGGGUUAAUUGAUUGGCUUAGUGCUUGGUCUCGUCAUAAAGACACAGCUACUGUACAUUGCAUUCUUGCAAAAACCAUAAAAGUUUGUGACGUUUGUACUCAAAUAGCAUUGGUAAAAGUCCACAUUCAAAUAAUGGCUUGUCCCUAAAAUAAGGCUUUGAUUUGACAAGAAAUAUGCAAAUAAAAGAGAUGUGGAUGGAUGGAUGGAUGGAUGGAUGGAUGGGUGGGGUUGGGGGCAUUGCUCAUUAUGAGAAAUGCGAAUGAAACCAAAAUGGCCAGACUCUCGAAUCUACCGGAUCCGUGGGGUGUUUUCCCUAAACCCUGCCUCCAAUCCACAGCGUUACGGACGGUCUUGGCUCAGUCAAUAUAAGGUGAAAUAACUCUAUCGUAUUGGAUAGAUGAUUUAGCUAAAAAAAAAAAAUAUCCGUUGAUUCAAAGAUGCCUCUUUUCCAUUGAAAGUCGAUGGUAAAAUGUAUUUUCAUAGACAGACUUACAGAGAAGUUGUAGUAUUUACUUAAUAGUAAUACUAUUACAGAGUCCCCAACAAAAGAAAACCAUGCAUUUGUGUUUAAAAUAUUCUUUUAAGUCUUUAGGUUGUUCAACCAUGCAUGGCAUCCAUUACACAGUUGCAUUUGAUCACCAGUGACAGUAAAGUGGUUAUACGGUGGAAAAUAAGUGUUGUUGCCGUGUUUACCUAAAGCUCCCAAGGUGGCAACAUUUUGAACUCAAAGUAAAUUUGCUAUAUUUGAGAUGAUGAAAAACAAUUUUAAUGUACUCCUACUUCAGUAGUGUUGUUAGUAAUUGUUUCAGGCUGCCAAUUAUAGUGUGUACAUUAUUUAGUCUGAUUAACCUGUAAUGUAUGAUUAAAAACUGGCUGAUUUAGUGCCUCAGUUGCACGGAUACAUAUGUGUGAAAAACUUCUUUAUAAUCUGCAGUGUAUUGUAUUGCAUUUUUUUAUUGUGAGUUUAUUGAAAUUAAUUUCACUUCAAGCGACAAUUUGUGUUUUACCUUUUUAUUAUUUUUACCGUUAUGUUUGUAUGUGUAAAUGUUGGAUGUAAAAAACUUUUUUUUCUCAUGAAGAUAAAUCAAAUGGAGUUUAAUAAAGA